CCGGCCUCCCCCGCGCCCAGGCGCCUCCCCGGCGGAGGCGGUGCCGCCCCCUCGGCGGCCCGGGGCCCGGCGGCUGGCGGCGGCUGCUCACGGCAUGGCGGCCACGGGGGACGCGUUCCGGAGGGCCCAGGGCAGGGCCCUGUCCGCCUUCCGCCACGAUGAUGAGUAUGAAUGGAAGGGACCUUUCUACUUCAUCCAAGGAGCAGAUCCUCAGUUUGGACUGAUAAAAUCUUGGGCAGUUGGAGACACUAACAACGGAGAUGAUGAAUGGAAAGAAGAAAUCAAGUUAACAGAGCAAGCAGUGCAGGCUGUUAACAAACUAAACCCUAAACCCAAGUUCUUUGUGCUGUGCGGAGACCUUAUCCAUGGAAUGCCAGGAUCUCAGUGGAGAAAGGACCAAGAGCGAGAUUUAAAGAACGUUCUGAAGAACACUGACCAGAAUAUCCCAUUGGUAUUUGUUAGUGGAAAUCAUGAUAUUGGCAAUGCUCCAACAAGAGAAACAAUUGAUAAUUAUUGCAAGAGCUGGGGAGAUGACUACUUCAGCUUUUGGGUUGGAGGUGUUUUCUUUCUUGUGCUAAAUUCUCAGUUGUACUUUGAUUCUUCCAAAUGCCCAGAGUUGAAGCAAGCCCAGGAUGUGUGGCUUAAUGAGCAGCUGGCUGUUGCUGAAAAACAUAAAUGCAAGCAUAUAAUAGUGUUUCAACACAUCCCUCUGUUUCUGAGAGAACCCGAUGAAGACCAUGAUUAUUUCAACUUGGAAAAAUCGGUUCGUCAAGAGAUAAUGGAAAAGUUUCAUAAAGCAGAAAAACAGCAGAAUUAUAUGGUUACACGUGGAAUGAAACUGAUAAAAAGAAAGAAGAAAGAGGUAAGAAGUUAACAUAAGUUGCAAUAUGUGUGUAUAUAAGCAGGCGCGUAUGUUAGUUCCAUCUUGAACCAUGAAUCUGUACCUUCUACCUUUUUUCCCUGCUUCACUUCACACAGGUUUUUUUAGGGUUUUGUGUUGUUGUUUUUUAAAGUGCUCAGGGCAAUGGCUCUUAAGGUGUUACUCCCAAAUCUUGCAUAAUGUUAAUAAAAAUGGUAAAUAGAAGGAACCCAUAUAGUAAGAAAAUAAAUAAUCACUCCAUGAUAGUUGCUCAUUUAAUUCAUGUAUUUUCAUUGAAAGUUUGAAAAAAGAAAACAUACAGGUUUGCAUACAACAUUUUUGCUUUGACAAGAUUUGCCUGACAGGUAGGAGCCCAAAAUUUAAUAUAAAAUAUUUGUGCAUUUUUCUUUCUCCAACUUUUCCUAUGAAAAAGAAAAAUGUACCUACCUGAUUAUGGUCUUUUUGUCUGUUCAUUUUUGUGCUAGUGAUAAUACAGUGGGAAAUAUUUCUGUUGGAAACCUGGGCAGCUAAAUGCUUAUGUAUUGUUGGUAAAAACGCAUCCUAGUCCAUUAGAGAGUGUGUUAGCAGAAGGACGCUACCAUGCAGGUGUAUGUAACGGAGCAUUAGAGUGGAAACCAGAGCAGUUCUGUUCUAGAGUUUUCUGACAUCCAGAUGGCUUGCUAACAUUUUGCAACACUCAGCACUGGGAAUAUAAUUAAUCAGAAGAAGAGAAGAGAAAUUAUGCAAAAUAUUAUCAUUGUAACAUUUACUAUUGUUAUCAUGCUUCUUAUGGGGAUAUUUCAGACUAUUUCUCCUAAUGAGUAUCCAGGGGGUUAAUCAAAAGUCAAAACUUUUUUCAGACAACUCACGCAGGCUUCAAGGGAGAGGGAAGAGUGAAUGGGAAGCCAAGAAUACGAGACAACUCCCGCAAAAAAAAAAAUAAUCUGAACUUCUUUGCGCGAACAUCCCAUGUGUUCCUUCCCUCCAUCAUUUCCCACUGUGCCCCUUGCUCCCACUCAAAAAUCCUCCCCAAAUGGCCUGUUGUUUGAUUCCUUCAUGAAUAUGUUAAUACAUUGAUCUUUUCCUUGCUGUUUUAGACAACAUUGAGGCAAUAAGUAACAUUUGCAAUCCAAUAAUUAAACGUUCUAAUUAAAUGAAUACAGAGAGCAGCAGCUCAGUGUUACUUGGAGUGCUGGGAAAAAUGAGCUGCAUCAAAAGUUGGCUCAGAGUUUCCUUAGUAACGGGUGCAUUUGGCUUCCAUUUUAUUAUUCCUUUGAAGAACGGUCUUUGUAAGACCACAGAAUGUUAUCAGUAGAUUACAAAGAGGCAGUCAGCAUGGUAAGACAAAAAAUUGGUUCCUCCCAGUUCACUUCAUAUAUUAAUGGAGAAUUAAAACACAGCAUAUUGACAAUGAAACCCCAACUUACUUUGCAUUUGUUGGGGUUUCUUUUGUUUUAUGACUUGCUGUUUAAGAAGGUUAACCGCUUAUAACACGUAAUUGAGAAGUAUGGUACAGCUUUUUAUUCUGGAAAAGGCAAGGCUGCCUUCAUAAUGAGUCUCCCACUAUUCUCCUAACCCUGGCCUGACACCAGCCCAUCCUUCCUUUUGUUUUCUCAUUCUCUAUCUCUCCCUUUGCAUCCUGGCAUGAUGCUGUUUUGCAGUGUUUCCAACCACUCUGAAGCAUUAUUGUGUAAUUGCAAAAAAAAAAAAAAAAAAAAUCAGUAUAAUCAAUGUAAUGUGCAUGUUCUAGGGUUUGUUGGUUUUGGAAAUGCAAGGUUAGUAGAUGGGCAUUGUAUUUCUGGUGUUGAUAACCCAGGAUCAGACCUGGAACUAUCCCAGUUCUCUUGCUUAUACUUUUCAUGUUCAUAGUGUCGAACAUGGAGCCAUAAUGCAUCUGGUUAGAGAGAGGAAAGGAAGAAAAAUCUAAGGAUUUCAGUCCUUUCAUAGACCAAGAAAGUCAUAUGGAUUUUUAUAGGAAAUAAAGUGAUACUUAAAGGAUGGAUGGGAGUAUUGCACUGGUUCUUCAGAGUGAGGUAUGCAACUUCAGAAAAUGAUUAUUUUAAAUCCUGAGCCCAAAUCUUAUGUAGUUACUCCCUUCUGACCACUUACAUAUUACAGAAUGCUUUUGGUUUAAGUAUCCGCUCAUUACAAGCAGAGAUAAAAGACUAGCUGUAGAGGCUACAUCUGGUACGAAGUACUGAAUUACAUUUCUCACAUUAAAAGUGUCCUUAACAGUUGGGCUAAUUAAAGAUAAAAUCAUGUCCUUAUGAUAAAUAUUUAUAAAUUGAAAAUCUGGUACUUGUAAAUAUGUAUUACUACUAUGCAAAGUUAAACCAUACUUGUAAGCUGCAUGUCUAAGAAAUCUUCUGAGUCCAAUUUUUCUUCAAAUGCAUUAUAACAACCAUUGUCCAUGAAAAAGCAAUUUCAGUGAUAGUGAAAGUCAACUCAGUUGAGAACAUAGUUUAUCCUUUAAGUGAGAAUAUGUCUCUGAAAGCAUGUUUGUGUAAUGUUUAGCCCCAGUUGGUAAGGUUCAUCUCCUGUCUGUGCAGAAGCUAAGUACAGGAAAAAAAGCCAGUGUGUGAGUACUGGGGAUGAGCUGAGCUAACAUCCUUGGUGGUGAGGUUUGCUCUGCUGCAUGAAUUACAUAUUCAGCUUUUAAGAAUUUUAUAGCAAUGAUAUAAAUAGGUUUGCUUGUAGCUUUGAAUGGAAAAAAUAAGGAAUCCAGGUGGUAGUCCAGCCCAAAAUCUGGCCUGUAUGACAUGUUUCUUUGAUAAACAUUAGAAACUAGUUUUUAAAUAAGCAGUUUAUCCAAUAGAAGGCAUACUUUGUCUUACAGAUCUCAUUCAAUUAUAAUUUUAUUAGGCUUUACAGACUUUUUCUGUGACCAGAAAAAGAUGAGCUAUGGACAAUCUUUUAAAGACUUUUUAUCCUGAGAACCAUCAACAACACACUGAAAUUUCUUAGGAAACUUAACACAAUAAGGACCAUACUGAAGUGAAAUAUUUAAGCAGAUGUCUGAAUAGCUUUAAGACCUUUGUCAGAUAAAACCUAAAUUACUAGCUGGUUUCUUCACCAACAAAGUUGAUAAAAGAAUUUGUGGUUCAGAGUGCUGUGAAGAAUACAGGUGGUGUAUCUAGGUGAGAGACUUACGAAUCUGAGAGAGAAUUGCAAGAUAAUAAAUAGAUGUAAAAUAAUAGAAGGAAAAUCCCUGCAGCAUCUGGCUUUUUUAAUUGAAGAGUUCUAAAUUCAAGAUGACUUCAAAGCAGUUUUUCAGAUGUGGUAGAAAGCACUUAAAUUCAUACAUACAGCAUACAUACAGAAGAAAGUAACGACCUAACUUUAUUAAAUGUCUUUUUGUCAUUUUAUUUGUGACUGGAGAUACUGUAACUUCUAACACCUUCACUCAUUAAGAGAGUGUAAUACCUACCUGCUCCUCUUAGAAUGUUUUGACAGAAGAGUGGUAUUAAAGGGAGAAGCAGCUCUCUGAACAUCUACGGCUGAGAUAUAUUUGAGUACAAAAUUAAAGCAUGGAGUGCUGAAAGCUGUUGUUUCUAAAAUUUACCAGACAACAUAUGUUAUGUUUCAUUAUUUUCUUUGUUGUGUAAUCAAAGUUGACAAGGGAGUAAUAUUUUCUUCUUCCUGCCAUUGAGACCUUGAUUUUGGCAAAGCCCAUACACCAAGUGAGUAAUCUCGGUGCUUGCUUAUGUGUUGCUUUGUCAGUAUUUAAGAUAAUUUAGAUUUAAAUACUCUCAGCUUCAGUGUUUAGCUCAAACUCUUUCAACCUUGAAAUUAUAUGCUCAUGGUACAGGUAACCAGUUUCAAUAUCUUUUGUGUAUAUGUGUAAGAAUGGUGUUUUUUAAGACUGCUCCCCAAGUAAAAGAAUAUUAUCUAGCACAUAGAUACACAGAGACAUAGUUUUUUUUCUGAAAUUCAGCAGUGAGAUGCUGCAAAAUACAAUUAUUUAGCGUAAUCCAUAAUGAGAGAUUAGGUAACAUUUGUUCUUCCAUAAAUUUUUGACAUCUGUUUUCUCCAUUGGGCUGUAGUUUGGUUACCUUCUUUUCACUCCUUAGAGCACACAGCAAGCCAGGAUCAUCUGGGCUUUGUAUCAGAUCUUUGAGAAAGCUUCAUUUUCAAAUGGAAAAUGUAGCAAAACCAAGAAAUAAAUUCCACCGAAAGGUCACAAGAGGCAUUCACAGAGAUAAACCUGAAGCACAGAGUGACCUUCUACAGAGAGCACCUCUAAUGGCUUAUUUAGAGCUGCAGUCUCGUUAGGUGAUCUGAAGUCACCCCCUGGCUGUGCCUGCUGCCUCUCCUCUGGUUAUAUAGGAAAAACAAGUGUGACUAAGGUCCUUCUCUAUAUAGCUGCAUUCAGUGGUGUCCUAUAAAAAACUACUUCUGUCAUAGAUAGACUUUGCAGACUAAUAGCUUGUCUCCCACUUACAUAGACCCACAGAUUUCACCAGGUGCAUCAAGCUCUGGAUUUUUUUAUUCUAUAAAGUGCAUUUAAGUAAGUUUUCCUGCAUGUUUCUAGGGUCAUGUUUGCUAACAACAGGCAACAGUGUGGUAUUUUUUUUAUUAAGAUGCUCGUGUUGCUGAGUUGUAAUUCUAAUUACACAAUACCUCUGAUGAAGAAGGUAGGAUAGCUUAUAAGGUCUGCACAGAAUAAUUCUACAAUGGUUAUUUAAGGUUGAUUCAAAUGGUGAUGGUUGAUUUAAGGUAUUCCCUGACACCUACCAGUGGGAAUACUUCCUUUUACUGGAGUUCCACUGUAGGGAACUGACGGUGUUUUUUGGACAGCAGGGUCUGAGAACUGCCUGAGCACUGAACAGUCCUGUGAGCACUGCUGUGACUGACGUUUUCACAUCUUUGUUUGCUUCUGUAACACCUGUUUGGCAGAUGGGGUGAUGUGAACACUUCUCAAAUUGCAAUGAGAUAAAAAUCAAUUUAAUUCCACAAGAGAGAUUUUGUUUACAAAGACUACUAAAUAUUAUCAUUCACUUUGUAGCACUGAAGUCUUGAAAAAAUGAUAUACACCACCUGCCCAGGGAGAGGAAAAAGGUACAGCAAAAAGUGCCUAUGGUUAAUGUGUGCUCUUGUAGGGAAGCUGAAAGAACAUCAUUUUGGAGUGCAAAAUUGUUCUGAGAACAGGUAUUACUGUUGAACCGACCACACUGUUCAGCACUGUAAAAAGCUGCUGUAUGCUGCAAGUGAAAGGAAGGAAAAAAAGCCAGUUUGUGCCUGAUGCUCUAGGGAAGGUGCUCAGGAUCAAUUUAUCCUUGUGACUUAAAUCAUUGUAUUUGCCCAGAAACAUUGCCUUUUUAAAAAAGAUAGAUAUCUACACAUGGAUGUGCGUGGGAACAUAUACACAACCUGAGUCUCUUACAGUAGCAUCUAUCUGUGCCUGGAUAAUAGUUGAUCUUGUUCUCCUGCCCAUGACAACUCUGAAAGGGUACCGAGGAGUGUUGAUAACAUGCAGGUUUUUCACUGAGUGCAGUUGUUUCUUUACAGAACUGCUUCUCCAUCUGUUUGCUUCCAUUUUGGUUCUAGUGCUGUUCCUGUCUAGCCCCUGCAGUUUCAGGGACAAAUAUGUACAGGUUCAGUUUUUCCCAGUACAUACCCUUUCUUCAGUUUUUGAGCCAAGAGGUUUGGCCUGGGAAGCUUACGAUUUUUCAACAAGCAUAAUUCUAUUUUAAACUUAGUUUCAAUCAUUAAACUUAAUAGCUAAUGUAACAGCAGAGUAACUAGACCAGAAUGAUUGUUCCUGUUGCCCACUCCUCUGCUGCUCUUUCGCAAACCCUAUAGCACAGGACAACAAAGUGCGUAAUGAUACUUCUUCCAAGUAUUCUUCCAAUCUCCAACAAUUUUUCUUUUAGGGACUUACUUAAUCAUAUUAGUUUUAUCAAUACGGUGCUAUUUAGGGGUUCUUCUGUGGAUUUGUUGAGUUGACUUUUCAAAACUCUCGGCUUUCACAGUGGAAAGGAGUUUCCCAUUUCACAGCUGGUGCUCUGCGAAGAAAUGCCUCCUCUUGUUUGCUUUGAACUUCACCUGCAGUCUGUUCUGGGAGCCAUAAAUCCAUAAAUGAAAUGCAGUGACCAUUGGUUCGUGUCUGGAGUUAUUUUAAAAAAUUGUUCAUUAAUCAGCACUUAAAGGGUGGUAAUCUGGACCACACGAUAAAUUUUGUUGCCCAGUCAGAACUACUUUUUUUCCUGAAAUCUUUACAGAGUGCAAGGGAGGAGAAGAAAGGUCUGUACUGUACUCAUUACAUAUUUAUUAUGUCAUUCAUAUUCCACUAAUUUAGCCUUCUCAUUCUCUUACAGUCUCAUUUGCUUUUGCUGAGAAAAGCAUUUAUUUAAUUGAAGGCUCAGUCUAAAUAAAGCAUGCUACUGAUUGCCUAUGCUGAUUAUUCCAGGCAUUCUCUUCCUAAUUUGGAAAAUCUGCUUGCUUUUCUUUGGUUUAUUUUUAUAUUGGUAAUUUUCUUCCUAUAUUUUUACACUGUCCAUAGUGCUGGGUUGAGCAGUUUGAUUUCCAACUGAGAGUAGGCCAGUUGCGUUUUGGGCACAGAAAACCUGCUUCAAAAUGGUCUUUGUAUGUUAGGAACUAGAGUUGGAAAACAACUUCUUCUGAAUUCAGGAUUUUUUGGAAGCAAGCCAUGGAAGUAUGUGUAAUUAUAGAAAUUAGAUUCAGACACCUCUGGAAUUCAAACUAGUUCAAGUCUGAACUCCAGCCCAGUAUCCAGGUUGUGUGAGAAAAUUUGUUUUCUAGGUGCACGUAUCUUCAUGAAAUUAUAUUUAGUAUUUCAAGAUAAAUGUGCAAUACGAGCAUCAUUUUCCAUCCUGCUUUAGCUGAUUUGGACCUCUGCAAUCAAUGCAUCUAGAUUUCCUGUGAGACUGGGACUUGAUUUGUAUUUCUGGAAUUAACUUGAACUAACGAACAUCCAAUUUUCAAGAAGUUAGGAAAACAGAUGUACUUACAAAAUCAUAGUGUUGCAUUGAGAUUUUUUCCCUCUUUGCUACCCAAGCUUUCAUACGUCAUGCUAGUCUAUGCUAUCACAUCAAAUCUCAUCAACAGUGUUACAUGCAAUGUUCUGCUAUACUUCAUUUAUUCCUAUAAGCCGUUGAACUCUACCACUGUAAGAGCUCAGGCUACCAGCAGCCAGAGACUUUUGGCAACAUUCAUGACUUGGUACAGGAAAUCUUGCCAGUAAAAAUAGGUGAUUUUUAUUGAAAUACUGCUCCAUGAGAAGACAAUUGAAGCUUGUGACAAUACUUCAACAGUGCAAGCUUUCAGAGAGGUCUUCCAAAGAGACACUGAAUUUUACUUGUUUAAUUUUUAAAUUGGGAUGUUUGAAAGCACGUGUGUCCUGUCCAUGCUGACUGUCAUCUCUGCUGGGCUCUGGUGCCACGUUAUCCCCAAUGGCCCCGCACCAACAAGUACCUGGCUGCCUAAGGGUGAUUUCUCCUGCAGGGAGAGGGACAUGGCCACCCUCUCACUCACACGUGAAACCUUGGGUUUCAAACACGAUUGUCACGUAGUCCUGUAGUGCUCUUUCCCCUUACUUCUGCCUUUAUGGGGAAGGAGAGAAGACCAACCACUGUAUGUCUAAGAAAAUAUGAUAAAAGAAUGCUGAGAAAAAAAAUACAUUGAAGUUCGUUGGCAUAAUGUUAAGGAAUGUAUCUGCUGUCUGUUUAAUAAAGCAAAAAUAGGUCAUGGUGAGCGUUUCACUUUUCAAGUAGAGGCAUUUUAUGAUUUAAGUAUUCCUUGAACUGAAAGAUUGGUAAAAGGAGAGAUUGAAAAAGAUGAAGUUGUCUGUUGGGCCUCUAGGAAGAGGUGGGGCAUGGUCCCCUUUCCUCCUUGCCCCACGUGGAGUUGAAAAUAAGCCCAGUCUUCUGUGUCACUGCAUUAUUCUACACUGCAGAAUACAAGAGCAGUGCAGUAACAAGGAAGGGAGGGAAGUCUGGGGGCUGCAACCUAACAAUAAGUCGUGACCGGGACGUAAUCACUCUCAUAGGAAUUACACGUGACACACAGCUAAAUGCCUUUGUUCUCUUACAGUGCUGUUAUGUCAAAAUCUUGCUGACCCCUUUUCCCUGGUGCUGCAGAACUGUUGUUUGGAAGGGUUUCUCAGAGUGCUAAAGUAUAACUUGUGGAAAGAAGAUGCUGUACUUUUAAAAUUCUUUAAAAUAACCUGAGCUUCUCCGGCUAACCAACUGCCUUCUGUGUGAUAUCCAGCGUGCAGUUUCUUUUCAUUUAAUGAACUGUUUUCUCAUCUGAUUCUUGUCAGAAGUAAAAUCGACAGCAUGCUAAAGAUGUUGGCAUAGCUAAAGUUUUCUUUGAAGUUUUCCAAAAUUUUUUACUAUCACUAGGUGGAGCAGUUAGGACACCACUCCUUUCAGAACAAUAUUCUGCUCAGGUCAUAUGGGGACUCAAAUGAUGGUCAUCAAGAAUAACCUCUUCCAAAUCAGAGCUGCUGCACUGUGUGAAGACCUGACAGCUGUAUGCAUCAAGUCAUCCCUGGGCCUGGUUGGCCAGGUCAUCCCUUUCUGUACCAAUAUUUUCCGUGAAGCAACCAAAGCAAAUUUCAGAUACUCAUUUGGAUGUUUCCCCAGCAUGCCAAUCAGUCAGCUUAACAGUAUCCAUUACACCAUCCCUUUAGGAAAAGCCCUUUGUAAUGCAACCUGCUGUUCUAGUUCACAAAGCUUGAAGAGAGAACUACAAGAAAAAGAGAAAAUGGGAAAUGCCAGUAAUAGUUGUCAGUCUUACCAGAGCUUUGAACAAAGAUCAACAAGAGCUUGCUGAAGCUCUUGUAAUGACUGCUUACUUGGUGUGUUGGCUUUAGAAAGCAGACACUGGAAAUAAUGGGGGAAGAAAAAAAUCUUCAGAGGAACUUUUGGAAUUUUCUGUUGAGAAAUGUGUGCAGUAGAAACCACAGAGUAUAAAACUAAGUACAAAGUGACUUGUCCUUUAAAGCACAAGUCUGCAUACAAAUGACCAUACAGAUAGCAUCAAAAGCAGCAUGCCCAGUUACAUAAGCUAUUAAUUACUUUCCCUGGCAUUCACCUCUUGCCUUAGUUUAUCCACUAUGUAGCUUUACAACCUGAGGGAAUGGGUGAAGUGACACAAUGCAGGGUGUAAAUACAGUAGCGUAAAAAUAAAGUAUUUAUUAACUUGUGUCAUGUCCAAGACAAUGAGGAUUUAUCAACACAUGUAAGACUUCCCUCUAGUCAGAUGACUCUGAACAAUCCUUAAGAUGCUUGUUUGUUAUGUCAUAUAAAUUAUUUUAUGCAAAAUCGGCUGCGUUGGACUCGCAGAAUUGUGCCAUAAUAGGUAUUUCAUUCUUCGGUACAAAUGCAUUAUUCUACGGGGAAGAAAGGUUAUGAUCAGUUCUUUGGAAACAGCAAAUCUUUUUGUCUUUCAGAUUCGGCUUUGUCAGAUCAGAACUGAAAAGGACUUUUUGUGCUUGAUCAGAAAAUGAGAGUAAAUUGCAUGCUAGGAGGAGGAGAUCUUUGCUUCACAAAAAUCAUAAUCAAUUCCUGUACUUCAAACCUUUUUUUUCUUUUAACAAAGACAUUAAUUUUUUUCAGAUCGAUGACUCUGAAAACUCAUGUUUGGUUUGCAGGACUGAAGCUCAUUGUUUUUAGAUGCUUUUGUGAUCCAAGGCAUGGUUUUAAAACAGAUGAAGCACAACAUGAUGGCCUGCACUGAGUUUUCCAUCUGGAGUAGCUGGCUUCCAGUCGUGUACUGAUCAAAAAUGAACGUGUCAGCUCAGGCCUUUUUUUCCGUGGUAGAGAUGUUACCACUGUAGUGUCGUGCAGUGUAGUAUCUGACUGUGAUGAUCACAGAGUUAAGUGUGUGGUUUGUUUGUUGUUGUUUUGUUGUGUUUGUUUUUUUCUUUUUUCUUUCUUUUAGUAGUAACUAUCUGCACAGUUUUUGACUUUAUUCUGAACUUAAUCUGUUUUGUUUUUUUUUUUUUUCUUUUAAUGAAUAAUCCAUUAGGAGUGAAUAAUGUCUUGCUGUAGGGAUCCUGUUCUUUUGGCUAAUGGAUCUUGUAAAACCUUCAGUCACAUUUAAAUUCAAAUCACUGUAUAUUUCCUAAAAAUUAAAUAAUGAAUGCUUGUGAGGGUGCCAUCCUUUGGAAUUCAGUUACACAGUGGCUUUUGAGUAUUUCAUAUUGCUUUUAUAUCAAAGCUUUUCUCAUCUGCUUAUUUCAGAAGUCAAGGAUGAAAAACAAAAUUACUGUUCUACCUACCUCUUGUUUUUGUUUUGUUUUCUUUUUAGUGGGAGGGGACUGCACCCAUUUGUGCAUAGCUGGAUCUACUGAACUGCAUUAACUGACCUGCACACGCCUUAAAGCAGGUUAUUACAGGGAGGCCUGCCAGGACAAACACUGCUCUUUUCUCACAGGGAUUAGAAAAUGGGUUUUGUGUGUGAGGGGACUCGUGAGCAACUUGACCGUAUUACUUCAGAAAAACAUCUGAAAUGAAUAAAUUAAAUUUGAGUGCAUACAUCUUAAGAUUCUUUUUAUGUUUAAGAUCAAAAGCAAGAGCAAAGUAAAUUGCCUGCUUGUCAUCUUAGUCUUGUUGCAUUGACUGGUUCAGAUUUCCUUCUUAUGCUAACAAAAGUGAAGGGAAGACAGUUGGGUGAACAAAAAAGUACUACUGAAGUAAUAAACAACAUCAGUUAGACUUCUAUUAAUACACAAUAGUGACCUGUUUGUUUCUUUGUUCAAGAUGUAACAGAUUGUAAUACCACAAUAACAAAAAUUAAUACUAGCACUGGAAAUAAAGAAUACCUGAAGUCUGGGCACAACUUUCACUGGGAGGUAUCAAAGGCAGAUGCUGAAUUCUAGCAAAGGCUGAUCCUUGAGCAGCUCGUUCCACAAGGACAUUUCAGCACUGAACACCCAUCCAGCGAAAUUAGGCCCUGAAUGACAGACGUAUGCUAAAAUGGGGAAUUUGAAUGAACUGUAUCCAUAAACACCAGCUUGUUUAGACAGUCUGCCUCACAGAGCCAACAGGAGGUAAAAGGUUUUAAAUUGCAUCCUCUGUUGUGAGGUAUCAUAUUUGCACUGUUUAUCAAUCACUCUUAUUUCAGUUCUGUACCAAAAUACCUUCUUGUGUGUAGGCAGGUAGCAGAUGUUAAACAUAAGUGGGGUGAAGUUGCAAUAUUUGCCUUAGAAGAAAAAAACCUGCAUGAUUCAUGGGCCAAACUUCUUACCUGGUGUCUGCCUGCUGUUUUUGGCUAAAAGGUCGAGGAUGGGUGCCUCAAAAAUCUUCCCAUGAGUUCUCAGAUAAUGGGAGAUUAUGGUUGUCCUUAGUAAGGUUGCUUUACUGCUUUUGUAUCCUUAUCCUUCUAAUCGCACUGAAACCAUGUGUUUGGGGUUUGGUUUAUGUAUGUGCUGACACAGUCUUGAUUUCUGUUCCUCUUCAGUUCCAAAGGUUAAAUUCUCUGAAAGGUGGAAAGCUGAACACGAUCCUUCCAGUUAAAAGAGAGCACUUAUUUCCCUUACAAAAGCACUUACGCUUCACUUACAGAGUGUCACAUGGGGCUUACAUCUCACUACGGUUUUAUGAUUGUUAUUUUGUCCUAACUUAUUCACAGACUAAAGCAGUUUUGCUUACCUGCAGAAAAAGUGGAAAACAUUGAAACAAAUUCCUGUUUCCAUAGUAGCACUGUCACUUACUAGAAGCGAGUAAGGAUAUUUUACGGAUCUAGCUGCUGCAGUAAGAAAGCAGGCCAAACACUUGGUUCCUAAAUGUUCAGUCCUCAAAGGCUGAGCCACAGCUUAACGCUGCAGGUAAAGGCCAAGAUCCAGCCAGGUCCAUGCUUAUUGUGUGCCUGAGGGAGGAGGCCAGAGCAUUGCUGGAGAUCUUCGGUUAUUUGUGGAGUGCUGUAAGGACAGGAAGGUGCUAUACACAUGGACCCAUUACAGCCAGCUCUCAGAUGAAAGCAGGCUGGUUUUGCUAAGCCUAGUGUGUCCUCUGUCCACCCCACAAGUGCCUUGUUCAGAGGAUGCAGCAAUGCAGGAAGCAGCCCCAUCUACUUCAGCAUCCACUCCUCCCAGGUCAGGGCUUGCUCUUUUAAGGGCAUUGCCACAAAGGAAGACGGGUCCCACUUUAGCAAGAAGGACGUCAUACUUAAAGUUCCAUGAGGCUGAGUUUUGCUGUUUAUUGGCAAGCAAUGGAAGGAGAUCCCCAGCCAUGCCCUAAGCAGCUCUAAGUGGCCACGUGCUGCCUGUCACUGCAGGAAGGAAUGGUGGGGCUGGAAAGUGGGGAACAAGUGUAGCCUUGUGGCUGGGCUAUGUGUGUGUUAUGAGAAAUAAAUGCUGUGUUCUGUGCCUGAAUUGCUCAAGUAUGUUACGUUAGGCAGCCACUGUAAUAAGCUACAACAUGGAGGAGUUGAGAAAUGACUCCUCACUCUCAAACUGACUAUCGCAUCGGUUUUAAAACAUCUUCAUAUGACGAUUCUAAAGAUCCAAAUAAUACAGAAAGCGCAGAAUCUGCAAAGAGCCCGUUAUGUCACGCCAUCACCUUUUGAGGUAUUCUAUUGGGAUUUCUCCCAAGGGAAAAAAAAAAAAAAAAGACAAAACGGUUUUGCAAGGUUCCUGCCGCUGAGUCAGAGCAAGCUCUCCAAGUUACAAGUGUAACUCUCACACCAGCUAGGUGAGUAUGUCACAUGGAGC